AUGACGCACUCGAGAAUACGUGACCAUUCAGAACAACUGUUUUACGUCAUUGGAAUCAAUCAAAUAUUUAAAUUACCGUGGCCUGCUUUACGGACAAAGCGUAGCACAUCUGGAUUUACGUGAAGCAAUAUAUAUUAUAAAUACAAAAAGCAUGAAACUUGCUUUGAUCUGUAAUAUACUUUUUCUAAAUACAAUCCUCAUAAAAUCCUGUCUAUUGUGCAGGAAGAAAACGUUCAAGGAUAUAAUGUUGUCCAGCUUUACAACACCAUGUCUUGGCUACAAUGUAAACGAUCCUCCAAUAGUCUUCACGGAUACACGUGGAAAUCUGGGAAACAAAAUGUUCACCUACAUCUUAGCAUACCUCGUUAGAGAGAUUUUCGGAUUAGAAGUGUACAUAGGUCACUACACCUGGAAACAUUUAUCAGAAAUUUUUGAGAACGUUUCUGAAUUCCCAGUAGCUCAGCACUCAAUCUGUGGAUUCAGUGGAUUCUACACGAGGUAUAGAAACGACGAAUGGAAGAAUAUCUGGGACGUGAUUGCUAGAAAGAAACAAGAAGAGGAGGUAAAUCUAAAGAACUUGAUCAACCUAACACCUGGAGAACAUACCGAGGAGGUGGACACCAGUGAACCUACCAGAGUUUUGUCACAAGAUCAAGAGACCCCAAUUAGAUCUGAGCUGCAAGGAUAUACUCCUCAUCCCUGGGAAAUAUUCUCUGGCGAGAUGACCAGCUUGUCUAGCCUGCUUCAACCAGGCCGGGCGCUCAUCCUGUUUCCAGUAGGAUAUUCUCAUGCUAAGUGGUAUGACAGAUUUCAUCAUGAUAACCCGUGGGAUACUUACCCUGGACUUUUAGAUUUUGCUCUUAAGUCUUUCAAAUUCAAGAAAUUUUACAGAGAACAGGCGGAGGCCAGUCUUCUGGAAAUAAAGAAAGAUUUUCUUUCAAAAAGGAAAGAACAGGAUAGAGCAAAGAAUAAGAAGAAGAAGAAAAAGAAGAUACUGGAAGGGGAGAAAGAAAAAAGUAAAAAUGAAGAUGAAGUUGUAUUUGUAGGAAUUCAUAACAGAAGAACGGAUCAUCUCAAAUUUCAGAAGGAUGUUGGGUUCAUUCCAGUAAAAACAAGUUAUUUUCUAGAGAGCAUGGAACUCUUCAGGGAAGAGUACAAGAAUGUAGUAUUUAUCUAUGUAUCUGAUGACAUGACCUGGGCUAAAGAGAAUAUCCUUCCUCGAAUAAGAACAGAGGACUUGUAUCUAGCAGGCUCAUUGGUUAAUCCAGAUCUCAGGGAUAAACCUUAUUUCUCCGCAACACUGGAUCUAGCCCUGUUAGCUGCAUGUAAUCAUACAAUAGUUACGUAUGGAACAUAUACUUUCUGGGCAGGAUUUUUAUCUGGAAAUGGAACUGGAACUCGAGUUCUGCCUCAGUUUAAUUCUGAAUAUAGACGAGAAUUUGCCACCAGUCCUUACUACCUCCAGCACCCUCUUCAUACUAAGCUGCCCAGAUUCUACUUUGGAAUGAACCGGAUGUGAUAACAGCCUUACUUCUAAAAUUCUAAUUUCAAUGGUUACUAUCUCUUUAUUUUUAAUAAACAUUGAUUAUCACAUAAGUGUAACUGUAAUAAUAAGAAAUUGUCAAUGUUUAAUAAAAUGUAACAUUUAA